GUUUGAGAGUGAUGCAUUUUUCCUCGUGUCGUGAUAGUGACACUACACCAAGACCCGACUGGAAGUGGAAUCAGUCGAAAUUAUAUUUGUAAGUCUCAGCCGCGUUAAUUCUAGAGACCAGACUUAUUUUUACGUGGUAGAGGUAUCAUGAGAUAGACACUCCACGCCUACACCUGCAAGGCAGGACGACUUCGAGCGCAGUAGCAGUGCUAUAUACAACACGACCGCCAUGGAUUUGUUGCUUUUCACUUUGUCUGGCGCGAGCUCGGGCGGCGCAGAUGAUCAUACGGCCUCAAGUAUUACUAGCAAGCAAAAAACCCUCGCAGAAAAAUCGCAAUCAGCAUCGGAAACAACAACGACAAACCCACACCCGGUUUUAAACACCAGAAGUGACGACACCGACGCCCGCCACGAUCCGUUUUGCCUGCUCCCGCAUGCGAGCGGGUGGAAAAGUGGCAAAUGUUGCAACUAUCCACAAGAGCUGAUUCUGGAGCUGGAUGCCGACGCGAGCGUGAAGGAGGUUUCACUGGAAAGCGUGGGCCCAUUUGCCCCGUCGAGGGUCGAGCUUUACGCCGGUGUUGCCGGUUCCCCGCGCCAUCAGCGUGGAGUACUUAAAACCUCGUCCGGAAGCAACCUCAAUCCAACAGGCAGAGCAGCAGGGACAACAGCGCCUGGUGCUCCUUCGGGAGCAGAAAAUUACAGACGCGCGAACGCUUCUCGCACACGGCCCGGCGGCGGAGGGCAAAACCAGCAGCAGCAGCUCUUCACCACCGCGAUGUCGUCCACAUCAACUUCAACAAAGUCCCCGUUUGAUCGGUCCGCGGUGUCUUGGGAAAAGAUCGGAGAGUUUUCGAAGAAAUCAUCGGCGUCCUUCGUUCUCCGCCAGUACAGCGUCCCGCACAACGGCUGGCUCAAAUUGGUGUUGUUUCGGCCGCCCGUCGGGGCGGUUUCCAGCGACCACCAAAAUCCGUACAGCCGCGUCUUGGUCAAGUCGCUGGAGAUAUGGGGCGAAGUUUUCCAAGACACCCGAAAGUUGCUCGCGAAAGAGCGCGCGGCGAAGCGGUUGCGCGGCUUGGGCGCGGCUGCACCAGGGGCAGCAGGGGCUGCUUCUUCGAUGAACAUCGUCGAGCAGCCAGUCGCUGGUCGUGGCCUGGUUCAUCUUGCGGCCUCAUCCUCAUCUUUGUCGCCCCUUCGCAAAGCAGGACUAUCAAGUGCGAAUAUGGCUGGGUCUGGAAGGAUGCAACUUCUGAUGCGCAUUUCACAUCACACAAAAAUCUGUCAUGCAUGUAAGCCAAAAGGUGCACAUUUCCGGCCACCGAAAGAAGGGCUUUGUCAUGCGGAUAACGCAUUAGGAGACCAGACCUUCUCAAAACCUGUCAUGCUAGGGCGUGCAUGAAAGACCUUCUGGGUCAUGCCAAGGCUGCAUCACAAACCUCUGCAUUUUUCCAGACCCAGACAUUUUUACAUUUGAUAAGGACACGCAGCAGACAACUACUACAAGCCGAAGCAGCCCGUGCUGGAGGCCACGUGGAUGGAGCUCGGGCUGCCGCUGGAGGCCAUCCCGGUGACCGCGCGAAGACGAACGCGGAACCAGCUGGACAGCUACAGCAACGGGCUGGCGGAAGAACUGCUGAAGAAACAGCAGCAAGCGGUCCGGAACCAGCAGCCCGGGAUUGCCCAGAAACUGCAGUACCACCUGGACGACGUGAUCCGGCUGGGGGAGAAGAUCCUUCAGUUGGAGGAAGACCGGAAAGCGCUGGUGGACAUCCACUGCCUGCCCCGGGCCGAGAAGAAGGAGGAGGCGGUGCGGGCGCUGAAGCGGGAGGUCCUGGAGAUCGGCGCCGCCACGGACACGACCUGGUGGGAGCAGCAGAUGGUGUAUCAAAUGUAAAAAUGUCUGGGUCUGGAAGAAUGCAACUUGUGAUGCUGAAUUUGGAUUCCAAAAAAAUCUGUAUUGCAUGAGCAGCAAUGGGAUUGUAAUUUUUGCUACGCGGAGAGGGCAUUUGUCAUGCGGAAUAGGCAUUGCGAGGGUCUCAAAAAAUCUGUGAUGCUAGGGCAUGCAUCACAGACAUCAUGGCCCAGGCAAAACAUGCAUGACAAGUCUCAGAAUCUUCCAGACCCAGACAUUUUUACAUUUGAUAUGGUGCUGCCGCGCCCCGCCGCGGAUGAGUUUUUCCGCGUCGACUUCGAGGCCAAGAUCCGGCAGCUGCAGACGCUGCUCGAGGAGGAGCGGAAUUCCCGGUCCCGCGUCAACACCAUGCUGGACGACGCGGAGGCGAAGCUGGCGCACUUGCGGAAGGAGUACGAAGCAUUAGAGGACGUGGACACCGCCAAACAACUGCAGAUCUCGCGGCUCGAGGAAGCACUCCUGUUGGCGCGCGAGGAGCGGCAAGUGAUCACGCUCAGCGAACGGCUGCAGGAAGACCGAGAGAGACUGGACGGGAUGAUGGAGGUGGCGGGGGACAACAUGCUGCUGCGAAGUCCGGAACUGGGCGGACGCGCCGGAGACCAGUUGUCCACGGCGAGGCGCCGGAUGUCGGAGGAGGUAGGAGAAGGCGUGCCAGGGUCGUCGUCUGGCGGGGAGGACGGUUACUUGCAACAGCAGGACCAAGAUGGCACAGCGUUGUUUCCGUCCGCAACCGCAUCGGUAUUUCCUCGUGGAGGUGACGGCGAGAAGGACGAGGAUGCGUUUUCCUUUGACCUGCAUCACGAUCCGAAGCAAGCAGUCGACUUUGAACACAGCAGCGGCACACCGCCGCGUCCCUCGGAAGGCGACUUGGCCUCGCGAACCGCGUCGAAGGUCGACGGGGGUGGGCAAGAAGAGCUUGGGCAAGACGACGGACUUCUAAGAAGAGGGUCACAAAAUGCCCGCUUAGGUCCUCAGGGGACCUUCGACCCACCCAGCUGGGUGGGCCUUAGGUCCCCUGCCCUAAAAAUUAUUACAAGGUAACAAGAAGCCUAGACGUAACCGGGCGGGUCCGGGUCACGUUCGUCCGGCCGGCCGGACGGCACGUGACCGGGGGUCAGUGGGUCGUGGCGGUCGGAGGUGGUGGCCGCCGGGAAGCGCGCUGCGCGCACCCGGGCAACGAAGAAAAACAAGGUCAUGGCCGCUGCACGUCACUGGAGCAACACCUCUCUUGCCCACGCUCCGGACCCGGUCACGCAGCCGGGGCCGUCAGCUAGCUUGUGGGAGUAUUCCAUGCGGGCGCCUGGUCGCAAAGUGUACAGGGUUUACCCCUAUAGGCAUGCGGAUUGAUGUUUCCAAUUUAGGGCUCAAGAUUUUUUUUUUCUCGCCGACACGGCGCAGGCUCGCGUCGAUGCUCUGGUGGUGUCGGCCUACUGUCACAACACACGGCGCAGCCCCCGGCGAAUCACGACCGGAAUAAGCGCACCGGUACCGAUACCAGCUACCGCGGGCGCCCGCGCCCAACCAAAAAAGACAGGUCACGAGUUCGGCCCUUCACGGAAAAAGGGACGACUCUUGCCCCUGGUCUGCCCCCGGUGACGCGAGCUUUUAGCCCGAGCUCCCAACAACUAGGAAAAAAGUCAUGCGCUCCGCCUUUCACGAAAAAAAGGCACGAAUCCUCCCCGUGCUCCGUCCCCGGUCGCGGGGCCGCCGACUGUCUUGCUCCGGCGGCUCUGCGCAUUGAUCUAGUGUGGGGAGGGUUUUGGUUCUUAAGAAAGUAGCCCAUCUCUGUACAUAUUAGCUGCUACUGCAGCGGCGCAAGGGAAGGCCAGCGCUGCUUAACCGACGGGCGCUGCUGCUGCUGCAUUCAGCGCCGAAAUCGCCCCGAGGCAGGAAUGCCCCCGGUCCCGCGCCGUCCGGCCGGACGGACCGACGUGACUUCCCCGGCGGAAGCCAAAAAAAAAACUGAAACGGGCGAACGCGAGCUGCGGCGAAUUCAUAACUCAAUUUUUCUGGCAGGGGACCUAAGGCCCACCCAGCUGGGUGGGUCGAAGGUCCCCUGAGGACCUAAGCGGACAUUUUGUGACCCCCUUCUAACUCGCGAGAGAAGCGCAGCGGUGGAACUACUACAAGGUCGUGAGGAGGAUGCGGACGCUAGUACUUCGAAGGGGCCAUCUACUGCGGAAAAGCGGCGCGAGUUGUUCAAAAAGCACUCGACGGUCGAAGAGGCUAUUGACUCCCUUCUGGGCGGCGAGAAUAACGCUGAUGAUUCUACUUCCCAAGUCGAAGAUUUGUUGGAGGUUCUGACGGCCGGCGAAAUUCUGGAGCACAAUGUGAUGGAGCGCGCGGCGCAGGCCUCGGCGGACAAAGUGAAGUCGGGGUCCGAUGGAGAAGCGGCGCAAAAGCUCCGUGCGUCCUGGCUGGCGGGAAGCGAUCCCCUCCGAGAAGAUGGCGACGAAACGGUUCUUACAGGAGACGAGAACAUGCCAGCAGGUAUAGCAACUACGCUUCUUUCGCUUGCCAAGCUUCGGACCGAGCGGCUCCGUGACUGGUUGAACCCGGAAGACAAGCUCUUCCGUGCGGAUUACCCGGGCCUCACGCUCCGCGAGUUGGCGGGGGCGCGGAAGAAAGUGGCGAACGCGAGGCGGCUGGAGCGAGUCGCGCAGUUCCAGCGCGCGGUCCGGAAAGCCAAGAAGCUUUCGGACGUCCUGCGCAAAUUCACGCACCGCGAGGUCUUGGAGAACCUCACGGUCGGGCAGAUCUUGGAAGCCGGCGUGUAUGACGUGGAUCUGCGGGUCGCCGAGGAUCUCCUCCCGCCGACAGGAAUGACGACAACCUCGAGCAGCAGCUCCGGCUUAUCGACCGACCGCACCACGCCCCGAGUUGUAGCCGGCGACGAGGCGACACCGAGAGAAGACCAUGAGGGGGAACAGGAUGUACAAGAUGCGACGACGUCACACAGUGCGUCGAAGAAAGAAAAGAAAGAGAAGAAGAAAAAGAAAGAGAAAAAAGAAAAAAAGAAAAGCCGAGCGGAAGGCGCCUCGGCGACAGAUACAACAACUCAAGGUGAAGAUGUUGGCGCAGCAGGACUACAGAAAGGAGGAAAAAAAGAGCGGUCGUGGGCUUUGCUCAGGAAGGCCUUUCUCGGGGAGGACGAGGACUUGCUGCGAAGGCCACGCGGAAAGGAUGGCACAAACGCUGAGGGAAAAGUAGUUGACGAGGAAGCGAAUCUUUCCGCCGAGGAACUGGGACGACGAAGGAUUAGUGCGAUUUCGCAGAUGCUCGACCCGGCAGAUCCGCUGUACCGCGAGGGCGACCGGGACUUGACACUGCUGCAGCUCUUACAAGCGCGGAAAAAACGCGCAAGCGAACUCAAGCCUAGUACGCCGGUGGUUCCCGAGCUCAAAAACUUCCCGAACAAGGGCACGAAUAUUAAAUCUGAUGUCGAGCACGCGGGCGGGUCCGGAUCCGGGACAGAACAACAGAUUCCGAUUCGUGGCGAGGCUCUCACCGAUUCCGCAAGGAAGGAGUUUGAAGAGCAGUUUAACAUCUCGGCGGCAAACCCUCCAACGGUGACAACGAUCACCGAUCCGGUGACGGGGAAACAAAUCUCCGUCCUAACCGAUCCGAAGACCGGGGACGUCGUUUUGCAGGACGGAAAACCGAUUGCCGUCGAGGUCGACGAAGAGGGAAAGCCGGUCCUGGCCGUAGGUGCCGACGGCGAGCCCACCAUCCAAUUGGCCGACGGCAGUGUGGUGAAGAGCAAGAAUGUUAUCCGGAAGGGCAGCGUCAUCGAGCGCGUUUCCGCGGAGCAGGCGGUGAAAGCGACCGCGCAAAUGGCGGCGGCCGUGGCACAAACUAGUAGUGCUACUGGGGACAACGAAGGUUCCUUCUGCUCUUUUAUUUUUGGUGAACUUUCAUGUGCAGCGCUUCGAUAGCCCGACAUGAGGACGAGACAGUUUUUUCUACUUUUGGCUUUGCUUUUGCAUUUGCUUCGUAGAGGGGGCCGAAGUUCAGCAAGGAUAAAAGAACCAAUGGAAAGGUUAAGCUUUCGAAAAGUACAUUGCAAUUUCAAAUUAUUUCACAGCUGCUGCCGACGCCGAGGUUGCGAAGGUGAUGCAAAACCAAGACCAGCGCAAGGAGGAGGAGGACGUCGGAGAGGAAGCCCCCGAUGAGGAUUUCCUGGCCUCUUGGGUCGACGAGUUUUUCUGGGAAGAGAAGGCCCAGAGCGAGAAGUACAAGGAUAUGAAAGCCUCAGGUUCAAAAUCCUCAAAGUGGAAAUAAUUUGUAAUGCAAAAAAACGACUCCAGUUGAAGCGCCAUUUGUAGUCGGCGCAUGACAAAUUUCCGGGGCACUUAAAGCAUGUCUGUCAUGCAGGUUGAGGCAAAGGGGUGCCCUUCUCUCGUGCUAAGCAGCACUCCAAUUCUUCAUCCGGAGGACGACAAUAGUCGGCCUCCGUUGCGUCCUCUGCAAUACAGUCUUUUUUGCGUCGCAUUUCAUGCAUCACAAAUUAUUUAUUCCACUUUGAGGAUUUCCCUUCUGAGGCUUUCAUAAAGGACCUGGUGCUGACCCCGGGCAAAGAUUUCCCAAUCAAGUGGGAUGUGGUGGACUGUGUGACGCCCCGCGCGAGCCGCGCCGUGUUGGACGCGCAGCCGGUGUUUGGCGACGUGUUCUGCUCGGCCUUCCUCGCCCAGGACUGGCGUCUGCAGGAGUUCGCGUUGACCACGCUCGCAGCGCACCUCGACCCCUUGGUGCAGCGCAUGCUCGACGAGGGGUCGCACAAGUGCGGCCCAGCGGUGGACGAUAAUUAUUAUUAUGCACAACAGCACGGCGGUCUGGACGGAAGCAGGAAAAAUCGAACCGGUUACACUUCUACGCUCAGUAGGAGUGUGAACAAUAAACCCGGCGAAGAGAAUGAGAACAACAAUCCGCAGGUAGAUCUCGAAGUGAAACAGGACACGCGGUACGUGCGUGAUUUGAACAGCGCGCGGUCGAAGAGACACCUGGUUGCACCGUCGUCGCCGCAAACCAGGCGCGACUCCUUCAGUUGGAGCCCAAAUAAUUCCGAUCAAUACCCACCGGCGCCACGGAAUCUCUCCUCCUCGUGGCUCCGCGAGUCGGGGAGUCCGCGCAACUGGGAACAGAGGCCAAUCACCAUGUCCAGAAUUUUUCGCGUUCUCUGCGACCUAGUGCUCGCAGCCGUGGACACGGAAAACACCAAGCGGAAGAAGGUACUUCUAUCUUUACUGAAUUCUGACUCCACCGCUUCUCGUCGUUGUACUUCGGCUUCCCUGGUGGUGUCACUGUUACCCUCCCGGAGGUCCAGUAUAGAAAAUCUGAACUACUCUUUUCGUGAUGAAGUGACCAGGGAUAAUCGUGCGGGUUAUAAUCUCGGUUUUCUUGUUCUACUUCUCCUCCCUAAAUAUCAAUAGGAGCCCCUCUACCAACAACUGCUUGAGCUUGUCAUUAUCCUCAGGUCCCACUCCAAAUCGCGGCGGUGCAAUUUCUGGAAAAGCUGACCACCGCCCGCUUUGUCGACGACAUCCCCGUGCGGGUCGCGCUUGCCUGUCUGAAGAAACCUUGUUCAAGUUUGAUCGCCAACUUGCUCGGCGAUGCCAACAACCGGCUGCACCACGUCACCGAGAGCUGUCUAGCUGCGAUCAUCACGCAACUGGGUCCGACCCCGGUGGUUUCCGCACUCGUCUCGCAUCCAGACGCGCCGCCGGCGGGGGGGAGGGACAGCUCUCUGUCCCGGUCGACUGCGCGGUCCCCGAACAAAAGCAAGACCAACCCGAAAAUGACGCCGAGGCUGGUUCACCUCCCGUGGCGCGCGUUGGAAGCGCGCCUGGAGCUGCUCCACUCCCUCGUCAGCAUAUGCGGCCCGCCCAGUCUGAUCCCGUCGAAAAACUACAGCGUGCCCAAUUUGAUGCCGUUGGUGAUCACGGGUCUGAACCACCAAAUGUGGGACGUGCGGCACUUGGCGAUCGAGGUCUGCACGUUACUGUUCCAAAACGUCGGGUUGAAAUUGCUUCCCUACCUCCAGGAAGUGCCGCCAAACUUGAUCGAGUCGCUGAAUGUCCGAUUCUCCGAAGUCGACGCGGGAGAGUACGAGGACGAAGAAGAUUUCGCGCUCGCUUUGUCCCAAGCCCGGUCCGAGGUCGCCACCGCCAGCUCCCCGCGCCCGCGUGGCGGUGCGGCGACUUCCACGCAGCAUGGCUUUUCGUCCACGAAAAGGUCUGGCGCCGGCAGUCCGCAAUCCAGCACAGCGCUGGACGACACCACGGGUCCGGGUGGGAAUUUGAUGGACAAGAGCAUGCGCCGGACGGUGGGAUCAUUAGAAAAACGGGCGGCGCGGGAGGAAAACGCCGCGAAGCAGGACGCGUCGCCGCGUCCGCGGUCGAGCCGCCGCGGAGGCGCCCGCAGUCCCGGCAGUAGAAGUCCUGAGGCGACCGACGCAGUGCCAAGACGGCUGUCGGAGCCCCGGCUGUCCGAUACCAGCCAGGCGCGCGAGUACAUGCAAAUACGCAAGUCAGGAACCGACUCCCCAUCCGCGAGUCAGCGAAACGUGCUUGUAGAGCGCCCACCCUCCCACUCCUACGAGGACUACCAGUUGCAGUACGAAAAUCGGAUUUCCCGCGCCCUUGGCCGGGACAGCACGAAUAAUCUGCUAAAAUGAAGAAGAAAAUGUAGGAUUAUCACGGUCACUAGCAGCUGCAACACGAGUUCUUGCUUGUUACUCUCAGAGCAGAACUUUUGGUCUCAACAUGGCUCUGAGUGCAGACAAGAACAGACGCAUGCAAGUAGGAAACGCGCACUUGGUCCGCACUAUUCCAGCAUUUGUUCCCUAUGCGGCAUUUUCUAUGUCGACUGAUGAUGAGUUUGAAUAUCAUCUUCAACUUCUACCUCAC